AUGGGAAAUGGGUAGUGUUGUUAGAAAGUGGAUAGAGUAGAAACUUUUUAAUAUGAUGAUGAAACAUCUCAUCCUGAGACAUCUAAAAGAGGAUCCUUAAAAUAAGGAGAUUAAUAACCAUAAAUGUUAAGUUAGUCAGAUUCAGAUGAAGAAUAUCCAAAAAGAAAAUAAAAUAAAUUUGGAGUCUUGAAGGAACCAAAUAAAACAUCAUAACUCUCAACAAUCUAAUAAUAUUCAUUUUAAAGUUUUUCAUCAGAGCAACAAUUUCAAAAUUUUGUUACAUUUCAAGCAUUGCCAUCUUAGCAUGGAAUUUAAGGAAAUGUAUUUUAAAAGUUUUAAGCAGAAAUGAACUAAAUUGCCCAAUAAUAAUAAACAUAAGCACCUAAAAACUCAAAAAAAGUGUAAUUUGCAAUUUGA